AUGUUAAAAACUACGAGCGGCUUGCCGCUUCAGGCCACCGUUUGGCUGCUGCUAGCCGUCGUUAGCAUAACUUCCGCAGAAUAUUACCAGAAAGACUACUACUCGGAGUAUGACUGCAACGAGCCGCUGAUGGAACAUGCCGCGCUCUCAGCAACAUCUCAGCUUCGCGAACGUGGCCCGGAAAAUGCACGGCUAAACGGUGGCAACGCCUGGACCGCCCAGCAGUCCGACUUCGACCAGCAGUUCGUGAUCGAUCUCGGGGACGUGCGCAACGUCACGCGCAUCGAAACGCAGGGCCGUCCGCACAGUAACGAGUACCUGACCGAGUACAGCAUCAGCUACGGAUUCAACGGGCUCGACUACAUCGACUACCGGGAGCCGGGCGGCAACACGAAGCUGUUUAAGGGAAACCGUGAUGGGGAUUCCGUUCGUAUGAACUCCUUCGAGGUGCCGAUUAUCGCGCAAUGGAUUCGCAUUAACCCGACGCGCUGGCAGAACCGGAUCUCCCUGCGAGCGGAACUGUACGGUUGCCGAUAUGAAUCGGAAAGCGUUUACUUCAACGGUACCGGUCUGGUGCGGUACGAUCUGUUGCGGGAUCCGAUCGCGGCGACACGUGAAUCCAUCCGUUUCCGGUUUAAAACGGCCAACCCGAACGGGGUGUUGCUGUACUCGCGCGGUACUCAGGGCGACUACUUGGCGUUGCAGAUUAAGGACAACCGGAUGGUGCUGAAUGUGGAUCUCGGCGCGAAGAUCAUGACCUCGCUGUCCGUGGGCAGUCUGCUGGAUGACAACAUCUGGCAUGAUGUGGUUAUUUCGCGUAAUCGGCGCGAUAUCAUCUUCAGUGUCGAUCGUGUGAUCGUUCAGCGGCGUAUUAAAGGCGAAUUUGACAAGCUGAAUCUUAAUCGAGAGAUUUACAUCGGAGGCGUUCCGAACCUUCAGGAAGGGCUCGUCAUUCAGCACAACUUUACGGGAUGCAUCGAGAAUCUGCACUUUAAUGCGACCAACUUCAUCCGCGAAAUGAAGGAAGCGUUCUACGACGGCGAACACCUGCGCUAUCGGAUGGUGAACGUGAACUACAACUGCCCAGAACCACCGAUCAACCCGGUCACGUUCCUGACGCGCAAUGCGCACGCCAAACUGAAGGGUUACUACAGCUCGAAACAGUUCAACGUCAGCUUCGCGUUCCGCACGUACGAGGAGAAGGGUCUGAUGCUGCACCACGACUUCCUGGUGGGUUCGGUGCAGGUGUUCCUGGAGGAUGGCAAGGUGAAGGUGCGCCUAAAGGAGGAUAACUACGAGCACAACCCUGGUACGAUUCUGGACAACUACGAGGAGCAGUUUAACGAUGGCAACUGGCAUCACAUGAUGCUGACGAUCGGGAAGAACAGUCUCGUGCUGAGCAUCGACGAGCGACCGAUGGAAACGACCAAGCUGCCGUAUGGGGACGGUGACACGGAUAGUGAAGGUUUCAGAUUGAUCGACAUCACGACCGGCACGCUGUACUACAUCGGUGGCGGAAAAACGAAGGACGGUUUUGUUGGCUGCAUGCGAUCGUUCGCUAUCGAUGGCAAUUAUCGCGUCCCAACCGACUGGAAGGUGGAAGAGUACUGCUGCAAAGGAGAGAUACUGUUCGAUGCCUGCCACAUGGUGGACCGGUGUAAUCCGAACCCGUGCAAGCACAAUGGCCUCUGCAAGCAGAACUCGAUGGAAUUCACGUGUGAUUGCGCUGGAACCGGAUACGCGGGAGCCGUUUGUCACACGCCCAUGAACGCUCUGUCCUGCCAGGCGUUUAAGAACGUACACGACGUAAAGCAACGCCAACGGAUCGAGAUCGACGUCGAUGGUAGCGGCCCACUGGCACCGUUCCCGGUGACGUGCGAGUUUUACUCCGAUGGGCGCGUCGUGACGGUGUUGAGCCACAGCUCGGAACAUACGACGCGUGUGGAUGGAUUCGCGGAACCGGGUUCGUUCGAGCAGAACAUCAUCUACGAAGCGGAUCUGCCCCAGAUCGAAGCGUUGCUGAACCGUUCGUCCGAGUGCUGGCAAACGCUAACGUACGCGUGCCGUUCGUCGCGGUUGUUUAACUCACCCUCGGAACCGGAAAACUUCCGCCCGUACGCGUGGUGGGUGUCACGGCACAAUCAACCGAUGGAUUACUGGGCCGGUGCGCUUCCUGGCUCGCGCAAAUGCCAGUGUGGCGUCGUUGGUAACUGCGUCGAUCCGACCAAGUGGUGCAACUGCGAUUCGAACAGUCUCGACUGGCAGGAGGAUGGUGGUGACAUCCGGGAGAAGGAGUAUCUGCCGGUGCGUGGAUUGCGGUUCGGUGAUACGGGCACACCUGUAGACGAGAAGCUUGGUCGGUACACGUUAGGCCCGUUGCGUUGUUCCGGUGACAGCCUGUUCAACAACGAGGUGACGUUCCGGAUUGCGGAUGCGACGAUCGAUCUGCCACCGUUCGAUAUGGGCCACUCGGGUGACAUUUACUUCGAGUUUAAGACGACCACCGAAAACGCGGUGAUGCUGCAUGCCCGUGGCCCAACGGAUUUCAUCCGGUUGGACAUUGUCGGUGGUACGAAGCUGCUGUUCGAGUACCAGGCCGGUACGGGCACGCAGAAGGUGUACGUGGAGAUGAGCAACCGGUUGAACGACGAUCGCUGGCAUUCGGUUAGUGUGGAGCGGAAUCGCAAGGAAGCCCGGCUGGUUGUGGAUGGUUCUACGAAGGCGGAGGUUCGCGAACCUCCAGGACCUGUUCGAGCGUUGCAUCUCAACUCGACGCUUACGAUUGGUGCCCGGCUUGAUUACCGCGAUGGGUACGUGGGUUGUAUUCGAGCGCUGCUGUUGAACGGAGAACCGGUUGAUUUGCGAUCGUACGCGGAACGUGGAUUGUACGGAGUGUCCGCGGGUUGCGUAGGCCGGUGUGAGUCCAGCCCGUGUCUUAAUAAUGGUACCUGUACGGAGCGGUACGAUGGGUUUUCGUGUGAUUGCCGCUGGAGUGCCUUCAAGGGACCGAUCUGUGCUGAUGAAAUCGGCGUCAACAUGCGAUCAUCGUCGAUGAUCAAGUACGACUUCCAGGGUGCCUUCCGGUCGACACUAUCGGAGCGAAUUCGUGUCGGCUUCACAACCACCAACCCGAAGGGUUUCCUGAUCGGACUCUUCUCGAACAUCACGCAAGAAUACCUCACGCUCAUGGUCUCCAACUCGGGCCACCUGAAGGUGGUGUUCGACUUUGGUUUCGAGCGGCAGGAGCUGAUCUACCCCGUGAAACAUUUCGGCCUUGGACAGUACCACGACGUGCGCUUUUCACGCAAAAACGCCGGCUCAACCGUGGUGCUGUCGGUGGACAACUACGAACCGCAGGAGUUCCACUUCGACAUCAAGGAUUCGGCCGACGCGCAGUUCAACAACGUCGAGUACAUGUACAUCGGCAAGAACGAAACGAUGAAGGACGGUUUCGUGGGUUGCAUCUCGCGCGUCGAGUUCGACGACAUCUACCCGCUGAAGUUCCUGUUCCAGGAGAACCCACCGUCGAACGUGCGCUCGCUCGGCACACCACUUACGGAGGACUUUUGCGGUGUCGAACCGGUCACGCAUCCACCGAUCGAGACGGAAACCCGCCCACCACCGUUGAUCGAUGAGGAUCGCCUGCGAGAUGCUUAUGGGCCGGAUACGGCCAUCCUUGGAAGUGUGCUGGCCAUCAUACUGCUGCUGCUGAUCAUCAUGGCGAUCCUGAUCGGGCGGUACCUGAACCGCCACAAGGGCGAGUACCUGACGCAGGAGGAUAAGGGCGCGGAGGCGGCACUCGAUCCGGAUGAGGCCGUCGUGCAGUCGACCACGGGCCACCAGGUCACGAAGCGGAAGGAAUUUUUCAUCUAAAACCACCCCACACCCGUGGAUGAUGAUGUGUGGCAUGAUCGCGUUAGUUUUUCUUCAGCGCAAAAGCUCUGCUGUACAUACUGUUAAAUGCGUUCAGUGAGAGGAAAUUCAGAGCAGCUCAGAAAGGGAGAGAAAGAGAGAGAGAGAGGGAGAGAGCAGGAGAGUGAGAGAAAGCGAGAGAGGAUGUAGCUGCGCAUAUAGGUUCAACGAGAAAAGGGGCACCCAAACUUAGCUCCCCCAGGCGAAAGAAACAAUGGCCAUUCCGUGUUCGUUUCGGUUGCAUUUUUUAAUCGCUCUUUCACAUCGUGCGCGAUGCUAAUUUUAAGUAAUUGUAGAAGCAACUAGUUCGCUUAUUAUUUGACACAUUUACCCGUCCAUUAACGUACUUCGAAACGAAGCAGCCAACGAGACAAACGUCCCGGCUCGUACGGGGCAGCUAGCGCGUACCGCAGGCAAGGAAGAGUUUUUUUUUGCAUUUUGUUUUACUCUCGAAUAAGUUUAGCUUAAGUUAGCGAA